AGGCAUACCACUCACUACCACCACCAAACCCUCAACCGCUUUCGCAUCUCGACAAUCAUAGUCUUUACACCCACGCAACCACUCGAUAAUCCCUCUCACAUUGUGACUUUUACAAUUGACCCUCUGUUGGGAUCUGAACCCCACGAUGGCUGCACGAGCUCCAACUGGCCGACCUGGCGCCGGUGGCAGGUUUGCUCAAUUCAAGCUCGUUCUUCUCGGUGAAUCUGCCGUUGGAAAGAGCUCAUUAGUCCUUCGUUUCGUCAAAGACCAGUUUGAUGAUUACCGCGAGUCAACAAUUGGCGCCGCUUUCUUGACACAAACAAUCACACUAGAUGAAAACACAACGGUCAAAUUUGAGAUAUGGGAUACUGCAGGUCAAGAAAGAUACAAGUCGCUUGCACCCAUGUACUACCGGAACGCGAACUGCGCCGUAGUGGUCUACGAUAUCACCCAGGCUUCCUCGCUAGAUAAAGCCAAAUCAUGGGUAAAAGAGCUGCAAAGACAGGCCAACGAGAAUAUCAUUAUCGCGCUGGCGGGAAACAAGGUGGACGUGGUCAACGAACAUCCCGACAAGCGAGCGAUCGAGACCGCCGAUGCCGAAGCCUACGCCAAAGAGGCAGGCCUGCUCUUUUUCGAGACAUCUGCGAAGACGUCGACCAAUGUCCACGAACUUUUCACCGCCAUUGCAAAGAAACUACCUCUCGACCAGGCAGGUCCCCGCAACCUGAGAUCAAAUCCUCGACCCGGAGUAGAUCUACGCCCCGAGUCGACCGGCACGCAAGGAGGGUCAAACUGCCAGUGCUAAACCACCCGACCGUUUAUGGAUUCCUUGACUUCAUGUAUUGAGCUAGCAGGCGUACGGCGGGAGAUUGUGGCCAGGAAGGGACGCUGGAUAGGGAUGGAUUUUUGCCACGAACCACAGGCGCCCACCUCAGAACUGGAGAUGUACUUGACCGAUCGGGACAGUGUAUGCCGCAGCAGGCUCAUCUCUUUACAUCAUCUAUGAGUUAUACUGCAGAGACUGGCGUUGCAAGAAUCGAUCCGGCCACCCCAUUGUCUUGUUACUAUCACACUUUAAUGCUUAGACCAAUAUUCGUUUUUACAGAUUUACUUUGAG